AUGGACAAGGAAGGCUUCCUUGAACUCAUCACAGCUGAUCGCGAUGCCCAUAUCGCCUUGCUGCAAAAUUUUGUCCAAGCACCCUCGCCAAACCCGCCCGGCGACACGGCGGAGGCGGCCAAAGUGUUGAUCGAUUAUCUCGCUGAGCAGGGCGUCGAGGUUGAAAUUAUCGCGCCACAAGGGGAUGAGAGGCCGAAUUUAGUCGCAGAGUUCACGUGCGGCGACGAUGGCGGCCGAGGUGGCUCUGAACCCAUCACGCACAACAAUGGAGGCGAGGAAGAAAGAGGAGAGGAUGAUGGCCCUCGUGUCAUCAUGAACGGCCACAUUGACGUGUUCCCCGUUGAUCGGGUACAGAGUCAUAAAUGGUCCCAUGGAGGUCCAUGGUCAGGAUAUAACGAUGGCACACACAUCUAUGGGCGCGGCGGCGUCGAUAUGAAAGCCGGCACGACCGCGAGUGUGAUUGCAUUCGCGUACCUUCAUCGGAUCCGACACCUGCUGAAGCGCACAGGUAGCAGUGUGGCUUUGACGGUGGUCAGCGACGAAGAGACAGGCGGGAAGUUCGGAAGCAGAUACUUGCUCGAACAAGACCCUCGAAAAGGCCGCUGGAAGGGUACUGUCAUGAUCAACGCCGAGCCCGGCGGGCUGCAGUCCAUUCGGUUCGGAGAGAAGGGGACCUUGCGGGUGACGUUCACGAUCACCACGUCGGGGGCGCAUGGUGCGUACACGCAUCUGACUGAGGGUGCGAAUAGAGUGGCUGCGCGGCUAAUCACACGGCUACUAAGUAUCGAGGGCAUGGAACCGGAUUUGGAUCCGGAAAUUCGCAAGCGCAUGGCGCUGCCGGAGGUGAGGGCAGUGGUCGACGAGAUCAUGGGUAUCGGUGCCGCGAAGCACGUGCUCAAACCCACUGUUAACAUCGGGACUGUUCAUGGUGGUGUCAAAGUCAAUAUGAUCCCCGACCGCUGUGUGCUCGAGGCUGAUAUCCGUCUACCUAUUGGACUGACGAGGGAUCCUGUGCUGGCACAUAUUGACGAAAUCCUCGCCUCGGAGUUCCAUGGCACAGUCUCGUAUCAGGUGCAGGAAGCGGCGAGUAAUCCGCCGUCGCACUGUGAUCCAGCACAUGCGAUGGUCUCCGCGCUCGCGGAGGCCGCGGCGCGAGUGACCCAUAGCAAACCGCCACUGGCGAUACCUAGCCUCGGUGCCACAGAUGCCAAAUUCUGGCGAUAUCACGGCGUCCCGGCGUAUGUGUUUGGAGUUAGUCCCGAGACCAUGGCGGCAGGGGUUGAUGAGCGAGUGAGCGUUGAGGAAUUUUUGGCCGUGGUCAGAACGCAUGCUCUUGCAGUUUGGGAGUAUCUUGGUGGUUGA